CUAGAGAAAUUGUGCCUCUGCCUACUAUCAAAUCACUUUGGGCAUUAUACACGCUACGGCUGGAGCUGGACAGGUGAAUGACUGAAGAUGGAAAAUGUACUAUAAAGGUUUUCCAGGAAAAAAAUACAGAUCCCUAUAAAACUCUGAGUGAAGAUGGAAUUCUUUAAAAACAACUUCUGGGGGGAGAAGAAUGCAGGUUUUGACAUGUUGUACCACAACAUGAAGCAUGGCCAGAUUGCUACCAAGGAGCUGGCAGAGUUUGUCCGCGAGAGGGCUGCCAUCGAGGAGACCUACUCCAAGUCCAUGAGCAAACUGUCCAAAAUGGCAAGCAAUGGAAGCCCACUAGGGACGUUUGCUCCUAUGUGGGACGUGUUCCGGGUGUCAUCAGACAAGCUGGCUCUCUGCCACCUGGAGCUGAUGCGUAAGAUGAACGACCUCAUCCGGGACAUCAACAAGUAUGGUGACGAGCAGGUUAAAGUUCACCGCAAGACCAAGGAGGAGCAGGUGGGGACCCUGGAGGCUGUUCAGGCCGUCCAGGUGCAGAGUGGUCACCUCCAGAAGUUCAGGGAGGGCUACCACGCCAAGUGUAUUGAGCUGGACAGACUGAGGAAAGAGGGAGCUCCCCAGAAAGAACUGGAGAAGGCGGAGAUGAAGUCUAAGAAAGCUGCAGAGUCGUUUGCUGUGUGUAUAGAGAAGUAUAACCGCGUGGGAGGAGACUUUGAGCAGAAGAUGAGCGAAUCAGCCCAGAAGUUCCAGGACAUUGAGGAGGCCCACCUGAGGCAGAUGAAACAGCUGAUCAAGGGAUACUCCCACUCCAUAGAGGACACCCAUGUCCAGGUGGGACAGGUCCAUGAGGAGUUCAAACAGAACGUGGAGAACAUCGGCAUAGAUAACCUCAUCCAGAAGUUUGCAGAGCAGAAGGGCACAGGCAAGGACAGACCAGCCCUGGUGGGGUUUGAGGAGUACAUGACAGCUUUAGUACCGGAGGGGAGUAAGAAGAGUCGAGGAAAAGCCUUCAGGAUUCCUGGACUGGGCAAGAGGGACAAAGAGCCAGACUCAACGGAUUCGGCUGUGACGGAGACACCAAACUCUCCCCUGGAGGUGGAUGAGGAGGGGUUUGUCAUCCGAGCAGACGUCAAUCAGAAUGGCUGCUCGACGGAGGACAAGGAGGACAACUUCUACUCCAGCGACUCUGACUUUGAUGAUGAGGAGCCCAAGAAGUUCCACGUCCAGAUCCGUCCGGUGGGCAGCAGCAGCUGCAGCAACUCUGCUGCUACAGAGAUGGAGCUAAAGGCCACCGUGGGGGCACUCACACUGCCCCCCAACAGAGGGGUGUCAAUCAAACGACAUCUCUCCAGAAACAGCAGUACUACAGUACGUUCAGAGGGGGAGGGAGAGGGCGCCACCCACAGGGAGGGAGAGCAGGACGGCCUACGCAGAUCCACCUCCAGUCCAGAUCACAGUAGGUUGAGUUCUACUGCGUCAGGCUCGGACAGUCUCUUUGGACCUCCUCUGGAGUCGGCCUUCAAGUCAAAAAGCUUUGCUGGUAGAGAUCAGCUACAGAGAGCAGAGAGUGCAUUUGGUGCAUCUGAAUAUGCUGCCUUCUCCUCUGACUCCUCCUCUCCUGAGAACGUUGAGGACUCAGGGCUGGACUCACCUUCCCAUCAGCCCCUGGACCCCUCCCCUGAGCCGGCUGGUUGGGCAGCGUGGCCGUCAGCAGGUCAGAAUAAAGAACCAGCAGGAUGGGCAGGCCAGAAGACCCCUUCCUCACUGUCUUUAGAGACCCUUCCCCGGGACGCAGCCCCCACCCCCCAGGAUGACCCUGCCAGUAUCUGGGCAGCUGCUCCACGAUCCCCCCGCCCCCCUCCAGACAUGGACCCCUCAGCCCUCUGCUUCCCAGCCUUUUCCCAGUCCCUGGCCCCUCCAGAGCUGGAGCCGGCCCUGUGGAGCUGUAAACACAUCCCUCCUGAGGACCCCUUCCUGGUCGCCUUCGAGAGGACCGUCAUCCAGGAGACCCUGCCCCCCCCUGACGCCUGGGCCCCCCCACGCCCGCGGCCCUCCAGAAACGGAAGGGGGAUAGAGGUACAGGGCGAGCCCUUCUCCGGCUCCCUUAGUGACAGUAAAACCCUCCCCGCCCCCUCCUCCUGCUCUCGCAAGGAUAGGGACAGGAAACGAGACCGUAGUGCCCCGCCCCCAGAAUCACCUGACGACCCAUUCGCUAUCACUAUGAUUGGCAGCCCCACCCACCAGUCAGCCCUAGCUGCUGCGACAGGAGUCCUGACCCACAUCGGCAGCAGUAGUAGGCUGACCCCCAACUCCAACUCCCUCCCCUUAUCCCAUCCUAAGAAGGAGCUGGUCCACUGGAACUCUGUCCACAACCCCUUCAGUGAGGGGACCUCGGCUGGGUCUCUGGCCCUGGGUGGACUGGUCCAGGAGGGAGGGAGGAAGCAGCGCGAGUCACGCAGCGAAAGCGAGCCACGCAGGAGCGGCCUGCCUCUCACACGGCAUUCUGGGCCACAGGAGGACCUGUGCUUUUCUACUGAUAAAGACCAGAACUGUCUGGACCUGAACACACCACAGCCGCCCUGCAACCUGGGCUCACACAAGGGUUCGAAGCAUAGCUUCAGGCAGGACAGUGCAGAGCUGCUGGUGGCAGCCCCUCCCAGACCAGCCAGAGCCAAGAGGUCCUCAGGCAGACAGAGUGGCUGUGAGAGAUCCAGGUCAGUGUGCUCGUCUCCUCAGCCGGACCCCAGCCCAGACCUCACCUCGUCGUCCUCCUCCAGCCCCAGUGAGUGGGGGGCCCAGACCCGCGCCCCCAGCCCUGCCAGAGGUGGGCAGCCCUCACCCCUCUCACACCUGCACCAAGACCAUGCGUGCCUACACAUGCAUCUGUCUCGCGGUCCGAGCCCGAUCUCCCUGAGCACCCAGGAGUCCUGGCCUGUGGCUGCAGCUAUCACAGAAUACAUCAAUGCUUACUUCAAAGGUGGACAGCAUAACCGCUGUCUGGUGAAGAUCACAGGAGAUCUCACCAUGUCUUUUCCUGCUGGAAUCACUCGUAUCUUCACUGCUAACCCCAACGCCCCGGUCCUCAGCUUUCGAUUGGUCAACAUCUCCCGGGUUAACCACUUUCUGCCCAAUCAGAAGCUGCUUUACAGUGACCCCUCUCAGAGUGACCCAGACACCAGGGACUUCUGGUUCAACAUGCAGGCACUGAACCUUUACCUGCAGAGAGAGGCGGAGCUCAACCCCCAGGCGUCCUACUAUAACGUGGCCCUACUCAAGUACCAGGUGUCGUCCCAGGACCCUGGUCGUGCUCCCCUCCUGCUGUCAGCAGAGUGUCAGCGUAGUGGCACAGUGACCCGUGUGUCACUGGACUACCACUGCUGCCCUGCCACCGCCCCCUCCACCCAGCUCACUGCUGUGCAGGUGCUGCUGCCCCUCGACCACACCGCCACAGACCUGCAGUGCCAGCCCCCAGCCUCCUGGAAUGCUGAGGAACGACAGCUACUGUGGAAACUACCCAACCUCUCCCCCACCAACCACAGCAAAGGCUCUGGCACUCUGUGUGCCAGCUGGCAGUGCCUGGAGGUUCCUCGCGGACCUCCCCCCAGCCUGGCAGUCCAGUUUGUGGGCUCCGGGGCCUCUCUGUCGGGCAUGGACGUGGAGCUGGUGGGCAGCCGCUACCGUAUGUCCCUGGUCAAGAAGAGAUUUGCCACAGGGAAGUACAUGGCAGGCUGCUCCUUGUGAGGAGCAGUAGGAGUUCCUGGAGUACACAUUGCACUUUUAGCCCUCUGGGCCAUACUGACCUCCUUCCCAGGGAGGUAGAGGACAGACAGACUGGGACCAGGCACCGUGCUCACUCCUGCCUUUGGAGGAGAAUGUGCACUUAACAUGUCCUUGCUGCUAAAAUGGACCAAGCUCGUUUUCAGACCUAUACCUUUUUUUUGCUCUGUGUUGUACACACAAUCCUCUCCCUUUUCCAGGGGAGUGUACCCUUCUUUUUUCUUGUAUUGAAUCUUGUUUGUUGUGUUUGCAUUGUGUUCUGUGCACCUUUUAUAUCAGGAGUUUGAAAACUGGAUGUAAGAAGUUGGUUUUAUUGAAGAGAAAGAACUGUUUAUGAAUGAAUAUAAA